GCUAGAAGAAGCGGAAAUAGCUCGUGCCGGAGCAGGGUGGCGGAAGACCGGAAGCAAGAAGGUUGUGGAGCCUGGGAGAACUAGCAAGAUGAAGGUGAAGAUGCUGAGCCGGAACCCGGACAGCUAUGUCCGCGAAACCAAGUUGGACUUACAGAGAGUUCCAAGAAACUAUGAUCCGACCUUACAUCCUUUUGAGGUCCCACGAGAAUACAUGAGAGCUUUAAAUGCUACCAAACUGGAACGGGUAUUUGCAAAACCAUUCCUUGCUUCCCUGGAUGGUCACCGAGAUGGAGUCAAUUGCUUGGCAAAGCAUCCAAAGAGCCUGGCUACUGUCCUCUCUGGGGCAUGUGAUGGAGAGGUUAGAAUUUGGAACUUGACUAAACGAAAAUGUAUCCGUACAAUACAAGCACAUGAAGGUUUUGUACGAGGAAUAUGUACUCGCUUUUGUGGGACUUCUUUUUUUACGGUUGGUGAUGACAAAACUGUGAAGCAGUGGAAAAUGGAUGGACCAGGCUAUGGAGAAGAGGAAGAACCAUUGCAUACAAUAUUAGGAAAGACAGUAUAUACAGGAAUUGAUCAUCACUGGAAAGAAGCUGUUUUUGUCACAUGUGGACAGCAAGUAGACAUUUGGGAUGAACAAAGAACCACUCCUAUCUGUUCAAUGACCUGGGGAUUUGACAGUAUAAGUAGUGUUAAAUUUAACCCAAUUGAGACAUUUCUCUUGGGAAGUUGUGCUUCUGAUAGGAAUAUAGUACUCUAUGAUAUGAGGCAAGCUACUCCUCUGAAAAAGGUCAUCUUAAAUAUGAGAACAAAUACAAUUUGUUGGAACCCUAUGGAAGCUUUCAUUUUUACUGCAGCAAAUGAAGAUUACAACUUGUAUACUUUCGAUAUGCGUGCCCUGGACACUCCCGUAAUGGUACAUAUGGACCAUGUCUCUGCAGUGCUUGAUGUGGAUUAUUCUCCCACUGGGAAGGAGUUUGUGUCUGCUAGUUUUGAUAAAUCUAUUCGAAUAUUUCCUGUGGACAAAAGUAGAAGCAGGGAAGUCUAUCACACAAAGAGAAUGCAGCAUGUUAUCUGUGUAAAAUGGACUUCUGACAACAAGUACAUUAUGUGUGGAUCUGAUGAAAUGAACAUUCGUCUUUGGAAAGCUAAUGCUUCUGAAAAAUUGGGUGUGCUCACAUCACGAGAAAAAGCAGCCAAUGAUUAUAACCAGAAGUUGAAGGAGAAAUUUCAAUAUCAUCCUCAUAUAAAACGUAUUGCUCGUCAUCGACAUCUACCAAAAUCGAUCUACAGCCAGAUUCAGGAACAGCGCAUCAUGAAAGAAGCUCGUCGACGAAAGGAAGUGAAUCGUCUCAAACAUAGCAAGCCUGGAUCUGUGUCCAUUGUGCCAGAGAAGAAGAAACACAUAGUGGCGGUUGUGAAAUAAUAUUUGGUAUUCCUACCAGUCCUGAUGUAUAAUUAUUAAUUACAUUUUGACUUGCAAACUCUACAAAUAAAAGUACUGGCACUAGUAUAAUAACGAACAGUUCAAUUAUGUGUGUAAAGCUUUAUUGUUGCUCAUUUUAGCUACCCUGAAAAAUUAUCCUUAAAGGUGGCCUGGUUGAUAAGACUGUCCAACAUUUUGUCCUUGAUUUGCUUUAUUUCACUGAAGAAUAUUGUAUUAACAAACUAAUUUAUUUUUUGCUGUUAGAAAUCACAGAUAUACUUUUGUUCUCAUCUGUUGUUACAGGCCCUGUACAUUUGAUUUACAUUUAAGACCAAACAUCUAUUUUGUUACCUUAAUAUUACUUUUGGUAAUUAUUGCAAUGAUUCUUCCUAUGAUUCCACAUGACAUAUAGAAGAAUUAUGCCAGAACUUUAAAAAAUUACAUUUAUUUUGUGUGCUUUAUGUUUGGAUUUUUGAGACUAAAGAUGAUCAGCCUACAUUUAUAUAACUUCUAUAAAUUACAAGUUAUGGUCGAGUCAAGAUAAUAAAACAUCCUUUUUCCUCAGCAUUGUAACUUCGAUCCAUUUCUACUAAAUAAUUUCAACUAUCUAUUCAACAAUAAAUAGUUCUGUGUGA